AUAAUAUAUUAAUAUAACCCAAUAAAAUGUUACCAAAAUAUAAAAUAAGUAAACCUUUCGAUUAUAGAAAUGAUUGUAUGUAUGCAAACGAAGAACCACUAUCUUUUUGGAAUGACUUGGCUAAAAAAGUUCAUUGGGAUAAAGAAUAUGAUCAACUAUAUAGUGGCGAUGAACUAAAACCUGAUUGGUUUAAAGGUGGAAUGCUAAAUACCUGCUAUAAUGUUUUAGACAGAAAUAUUAAAGACCCAGAACAAAGAGAAAGAUAUGCCUUAAUAUAUGAAUGUCCAUAUUUAAAACAAUCAGUUAAAAUUAAGUAUAUUGAAUUAUACGAGAAAGUUUGCAAAUUAUCUGGGGCCUUGGUAUCUUUGGGGGUUACUCAAAACGAUGCUGUUAUAAUUUAUAUGCCAACAGGUAUUGAAGGAUAUGUAUCGAUGCUAUCAUGUGCAAGAAUUGGCGCCACUCAUUCAGUUGUUUAUGGAGGUCACAAUGAAUAUAAUUUAACAGACAGAAUAGAUAACUGUUUCCCAAAAGUAAUUAUAUUGUCAAAUUAUGGUUUUUCAAAUAAUGAAAUAGUUCCAUAUACACCCAACAUUAUUAAAGCUUUAGAACUAUCGACAUUUAAACCCAAUCAUUUAAUCACAUUCAACAGAAAUGACCAUUUUGAUAAAGAAUUUAUAUCAUCAAUCCCAAAAGUACCAGGGUCAUUGGAUAUGGACGAAUUAUUAAACAACUCAAAACCUUUUUAUGGAUAUAUACCUGUAGAAUCAAGCCAUCCAUUAUAUGUAAUUUACACAAGUGGAACUAGUGGCAAACCAAAAGGUAUUGUUAGAGAUAACGCCAGCCACCUUGUCAGUAAUUUAUACUAUUUCAACAUAUUAUGCCCUGGUGAAAGACCUAUUAUUUUCUCUCCAAGUAACAUAGGUUGGGUUUCUGGACACUGCUGCCUAUAUAAUACCCUCGGUCUUGGUGGAACAUUUAAUAUGUUUGAGGGAAUUACAACUUUAUCAAAUCAUGAAAUAGAAUUUUGGGAAAUUAUAGAAAAAUAUAGUGUAAAAUAUCUUUUUUUAUCACCUUCAGCCAUUAGAACCAUAAUGAAGUAUGAUCCAGAGGCCAAAUCAAUUAAAAAACAUGACAUAUCAUCUUUAGAAAGCAUUUGGGUUGGAGGUGAAGUAUCUUACGAACCAGGUUUAAAUUACAUAAGAAAUAUUGUAGGUAAAAGGAUUUAUAACAUCAUGGGUCAAACUGAAGCCUCAAUUCCUCUUAUUAUGUCAUUUCAUGGUAAUCAAAAAGAAAAUAAAAUUGGAAUAGCACCCCCAUAUAUCAACUUAAAUAUACUUUCAGAAAAUGGUGAAGAGUUAAAAGAUAAUGAAAUUGGGGAACUUGUAAUUAAACUCCCUCUACCUCCAGGUUUUGCAACUACUCUAUAUAAUGAUGAAAAAGGAUUUUAUAACAACUACUUUUCAACAUACAAAGGCUAUUAUAAUACUGGAGACUUAGCAACUAGAGAUGAAGAUGGGUACUAUAAUAUUGUAUCAAGAGCUGACGAUGUCAUUACAGUAUCUACAUUUAAAAUCAAAAGCACAAGUGUAGAAAACUCAAUUUUAAAGCAUCCUAAAAUUGUUAGUUGCUCAUGCAUAGGAAUUCCCGAUGAAAUCAAAGGUGAAGUACCAAUAGCAUUUGUUGUUCUAAAAGAUGAUUACAAAAUUGACAUUUUUGAUUUCCAAAUGUUUAAAGAUGAAAUUAAUAAAUUAGUAGUCGAAAAAAAUGGUUAUUAUGCAACUUUACAAAAAUUAAUUAUAGUUAAUAAACUACCAACAACAAGAAGUGGCAAAAACACUAAAAGUGUUUUAAAAAAAAUAAUUAAUAUUAAUGACUUUAUAAUUCCAUUGUCUGUAGAAGAACCAGAAAUUUUCAACGAAAUCUUAACAAUAUAUAAAAAACAAAAAGUCUAUUAAAAAUACUAUAUUCCUCUUUUUAAUAAAUAAAAAACUUCUUUUAAAUUUAUUUAUUUUAUUUUAUUUU